CUGCCAUACACAGCGGUCACCUCUCCCUCUCCUCACAUUCAGUCAGACUCCCUCUCAGACAUCAGGCUGCAUUCCUCUCCUCCUCUUCUCUUAUUAUGACCCAUUUUAGGAGCGACUGCCACCAGGACAGACACACCGGAAUGAACAGUGAGCUGAGAACCGGUCGUACCACGGCGGCCAAGAGAGGAAAUAGCGCCCCCAACAGAUCUGAUUAUGAGACGGAGUACGACAGAUACCCUGAUGACCGCUACAACAGGGUUUUUGACUACCAGCGUGUCCCUGCCUCAGUCCCUGUGGAUUCCAGUCCCAUCAAACGGCCCCGGCCUUCGUCCUCCUCCUCCAACUCAUCUUCCUCUUCCAGAGCAGCUCACAGGAAGAACAGCAGAGCGUCAAGCAGGACCAACAACACACACACCUCCUCAACCAGCAACAACAAAUUGAAGAUGGCUGAACUUCUUGCUAUAAAGAGGGAGCUGACAGUGAUCAAAGUGCAGAUAGACGGCCUGUUAGACUGUGUGGACAAGAUGGACAGACAGAGGAAGGACUGCACAGAGUGUCCUCACAGCAGGGACCCCAACAUGUCGGACUCUCCUCGCCGAGGUUCAGUCAGCAGUCUGGAGAGAGAGAGUCCUGAACCAGGAGAGGCCAGCGAAGACGAGCCACUGCACUACCAGCACUACUACCCCCACAGCUACCCCCACAGGAUACAUCAGUCUGAUUUUGAAGACAACCUGUGAUGCUGUAGGACAGAAUCGCCUGUCAGUAUCAGCUCGGACAUUAGAUGUUUCCUGAAGGCAUCGGCAACAUGAACUGCAUUUAAUUGGCUCUCCUCUGCACCCAAAUCUGUCUACUUCUGUCCAUCACACUUGACUUUUACUGUUUAAAGGAUCAAACCAGGGAAUAGUUUUAUGAUGAUUUCCCACAGUACAAAAGACUUUGUGUAGAAACUUGCAGAAGGAUACCCCAUUAAAAUCAGCUUUAUUUAUUAACCCAUAAAGACCCAGUGCUACUUUUGUGGCAGUUACAAAAAUGAAUAUUUCUCUCUAUUUAACCUUUUUUAAGUGUUUUAUCACCA